UCUCAAUCGUAUGAGGUUGCUAGGUUGGCCGACGCUUGUAGUAACCUCCGGCAAUCAUACCUGAAGGUACUAAGGGGGAAACAAUUCAAUACUAAGCACACUGUCACUCCCCCGGGGCGUUUCAGCCAAGCCUCCGCCUUGUUCAGCGGACCCGUAUCCCGCGAUGUCGCUACAUUACCUACCAGUGCUGUUGACGUCUUGCAUCGUACUGGCAUUGGCAGCACCGGCAUCGCCAAAUAUCACGGACGGUGCCGAGUCCGCCAGAACGAAACACACACGAUUCGGUACGUUCGAACCGGAGCCCAAAGGGCGCGGAACAUGGGGCCUACUUUUCAGCUGUACCGUGACCUUUGGAUUCUGCGUCUGGACGGCAGUACACCCAAACAUCAUCCGCGGGGUCGCAAACCGGUACCGGUUCUGUCAUAAGGCGGCACUGAUGGUCGUGUCGAUCAUCGUUCCCGAGGGCAUGAUCGUGUGUGCGUUCGGCGAGUGGUGGGAGGCCCGCAAGCUGAAUAAAGCCUGGAAGACUCACUGCGCCAAUCAACCGGAUUAUUUGGGGAUGGAUGGGGCGUUUUUUGUUGUCAUGGGGGGGUUCGUACUUGAUCCCAGCGUGACAAAGGAAGCUGGGGAGAGGGUACCAACAAUACCGGAAUACACGGCGGAUACGGCAACACUGACGUCGGCGGGCUUCCUAAAACACCUCAGGGACCACCGGAUCGAUACGAAAACCUUUGACAAAGCUGCGAUAUUGGACAAGUGCAAAGUCAGCAACAUCAUGAAGUUGUUUUCCAGCUUCCAGGCUAUAUGGCUGUUCGCCUCGUGCUUUGCACGGUGGAAUGCGAAUCUUCCGCUGACGCUACUCGAGAUUCACGUCCUGAUUCAAGUAGGAUGCACAAUGUUCACCUUCGCCUUCUGGUGGAACAAGCCACUCGAUAUCAACGAACCCCUCACCAUCAGCCUCCGCCCACCCAAAACUGAAGAUCCCCCCUCACCGGACACCCACCGUCACAUCCGUCGCGCUCCUCUCCUCGAGCACGAGUACGAACGCCCCAGAAAACUGCUUUACAUCAAGGAACAGUGUCCCUCUAGCGUGAUUGCAGUCAUCGCAAAGGCUUUCUACGACAUACUCGUCAACUUCUCUCCCAUCGAUCUCGACGAAGAAACGGACGACGAAUCAUCCAUGAGCUUCAUAUACAGCAACAUGCGCAUCCUCAUGGAGCUGUUCUUCGUCGUGAGCGUCGGGAUCUUCCAUGCCACCGCUUGGAACGUGGAGUUUCCCUCCUCCGUCGAGCGCAUCCUCUGGCGCGUCUCCACCGUCGGGAUUUGCAUCUUUCCCGUAUGCCUUGCGGUAAUGGCAAUUCCCUGGGGCUACCAGCAGGAUAUCAUCAACGUUACCUGGGAGUUCCACUCGAAGAACAUCAGUAUUCUGCGGCUUCACGAAGAGUCCCUGAAGGCGACUGACAUACUGGCCAAAGCACAUGCCAAGAGGAUAGAGAGCAAAUCGACAGCCUGGUGGAUGUAUCAGUACAUUCUAUGA